AUGGCCACUGCUCAGCAAAAGGUCUCAGAUGUCAUUAAGCAGUACCGUCCUGCCAGGCAAUUCCCUGGCUCAACCCGUUCAGAUGGCGUCGAAAGCCGUGUCACCUCCCUCGAUUUCGAUGACCAAGGAGAAUUCCUGGUCGCUGCCUCCGACGACGAGACUAUGAACGUCUUUGACAUUAAAGAAGGCAAAAAAACAAAAACCAUCCCCAGCAAAAAGUAUGGCAUUCAUCUCGCCCGCUUCACACAUCAUCCUCGAAAUGUCCUCUUCGCCAGUACCAAGCAAGACGACUCCCUACGGUUGCUGGAAUUGCACAAUGAGAGUUUCGUCCGCUACUUCUCUGCCCACACCGCUCGAGUCACAUGCAUCGCCCUGUCUCCCGGAAGCGAUCAAUUCCUGUCCUGCGGUUCAGACGACACUGUCUGCUUGUGGGACUUGAAUUCCAGGAGUCCUCAAGGCAAACUCAAGCUCGUCACUCCAUAUCUUGCCGCCUACGACCCUUCUGCCAACGUCAUGGCCAUCGCAUCGCAGUCUACUUCUAGCAUCCUUAUGUAUGAUGUUCGGAACUAUGACAAAGCCCCCUUCGAAACCUUUGACCUCGCCGCUCGAGAAGAUACCUACACUCCAACCACAAAAGGACGCGCCUGGACUAAACUCGAGUUCUCCAACGAUGGCAAGAGUCUCUUACUUGGCACAGACUAUCAUGGACACUUCCUUCUCGACUCGUUCACCGGCGUUCUCAAGUCCUUUUUGGUGGGAAAGUCUAGCGGGACCGGUCGAGCUGCUCCAGUCUCGACCUCUGGAAAGCCUCUUGGUCAAGGUGAUGUUUCCUUCUCACAGGAUGGGAGAUAUGUCGUUGGUGGGACGGGUGAUCAGCCGGAUCUUCUACUGUGGGAUACAUCACUGGCUACGGGUACUCGACAAGAGCCCACUACAAGAUUAACCAGUCGUGGCAUCAAAUCCGCCGUGGUUCAGUUCAAUCCUCGCCAUAACAUGCUCGCCACAGCAGAUACAAAAGUAUGCAUGUGGCUACCAUCCGACCAGAUCAAACAGCCCGACCUGUGA